AUGGCUGAGCUUGACUUGGCUACCAACGCCCAUGGCAAUGUGAUGGGAGGAAGGGAUGCAUCGAAUCCUUUGACAAUAGCUCAGUGGAAUGCUGCUCAGGUCACGGCGGGUGGUCUCGAAAGGCUUUUGUCGAUCGUAAAAUCAGAGGGAGAAGCGAACUCUACUACUCAUUCCUGGAUCACAUUAGCAACUCCCGAGCAGAUCAAAUUGCAAUGGACAAACCUCGAAGCGCUUGGCCCGCAAGCCACAACACUCCCCUUAUACGGCGUGCCGUUUGCUGUAAAAGACAACAUUGACGCUCAAGGUUUCAUCACAACGGCGGCAUGUCCAACCUUCCGUUCUGUCCCAGCCGCCUCAGAUGCAACCGUCGUUUCCAAACUCAAAGCUGCUGGCGCAAUCCUGAUUGGCAAAACGAAUCUUGAUCAAUUCGCUACUGGACUUGUCGGUACUCGGUCGCCUUAUGGUGCUGUUCCAAACUCGUUUGAUCCUACUCGAGUCAGCGGUGGCUCUAGUUCUGGUAGUGCCGUCGCUGUUGCCCGUGGAAUUGUGCCUUUCUCGCUUGGCACCGACACAGCUGGUUCCGGUCGAGUCCCGGCUGGUUUGAACAACAUCGUGGGCUUGAAACCAACGCGGGGAGCGAUAAGUACUCACGGGGUGCUUCCUGCUUGCAGGACUCUCGAUUGUAUUUCAAUUUUCAGUCUCACUGUCGCUGAUGCGGAAACUGUACUGUCCAUCGCCGAAGGGUACGAUAUCAGCGAUGCAUACUCGAGAUCCCGCCACGAUCCGAGCAGUGCCUCAUUUGAUGCAUUCGGAGGCUCAGUCGAGUUAUUAAAGCCAAAGUUGGCGAUUUGCGCUUCUCCGAAAUGGGUUGGACAUGAUAAUCAACGUUCAGCAUAUGAAAAGGCUUUGAUAAAGGCAGAGACUUUGGGCUGGUCCCUUGUCCCGAUGGACUUCGAUCCCCUUUUCCAACUUGCACGAUUGCUGUAUGACGGCCCGUGGGUUGCUGAGAGAUACGAAGCCAUUCGUGAUUUCAUAGAACGAUGCCCUUCAGACGAUAUGGACCCUGUUGUGCGAAACAUCAUCGUCAGAGCUCAAUCUCUAUCAGCAGCAGAUGUUUUUAGAGGUGAGUACCUCCGUAAAGAACUUACACGUAAAAUUGAACACGCUUUUGCCGAGUUUGAUGGUAUCUUUGUCCCAACAUCCCCAACAUUUCCCACUUUGGACGAAGUCCAUAAGAGUCCCGUGGAAGAGAACUCUAUCCUGGGCACAUACACCAACUUCGUCAACUUCCUCGACUGGUCCGCAAUCGCCAUCCCUGCUGGUUUUCGCGCGGACGAGCUUCCUUUUGGUGUGACUCUCAUAUCGAAUCGUUGGAAGGAGCCUUACCUUUUUUCUUGGGCCAAGGCGUGGCUAGGUGACGAGAAAAUAUUCUUGGGCGCAACAGAUGUUAGAGCCGAGGAAUCUCAGAGCAUGGUGCCUUCAGCUCCCUCGGACCACAUUCCUUUCGCCAUCUUUGCUUCCCACCCUUCCAGCGCUCCAUCCACUAAAGGACUUGUAUCUUGUGGUGGCAAGUUUUGUAAGAAGAACAAAACGUCCUCUCUAUAUCGCUUGUAUUCAUUGGACACGCCGCAAGGUACGAAGGAGCUCGGGUUGAAACGAGUGUCCGCCAACGAUGGUGCAGAGAUAGAUAUUGAAGUUUGGCAUCUCCCAAAGCCGUCUCUUGCCGACUUCAUAUUGAAGUUUUCUUAUCCUCUUGCGUUCGGGUCGAUCCAGCUCAGCGAUGAAUCUUGGGUUCGGGGUUUCGUAUGCGAACCCUGUGAUUUUGACAACGUUGUCGAUAUAACCGAACAUGGCAAUUGGACAGCAUGUCAUGAAUUAUUGGAGACAAAGAUAAAGCCGCCAUCUGAUGACAACCAGAAGCGUUUUAUCUCGACCAUCCUCGUUGCCAAUCGUGGAGAGAUAGCGGUUCGAAUUAUAGAGACGAUACACAAAAUGGGUCUUCGAGCUGUUGCUAUCUACUCUGACUCGGAUGCGAAUGCUACCCACGUUAGCAGAGCUGACCUUGCACUCAAGCUACGUGGAUCCUCAGUCUCUGAUACUUACCUAAAUUUGGAUCAAAUACUGGAACUGGCUAUGCACUCCUCUGUCGAUGCCAUUAUCCCGGGCUAUGGUUUCCUUUCCGAGAAUGCAGAUUUUGCUGCCGCCGCUGAAGACAGAGGCAUGACCUGGGUUGGUCCAACUCCACAGCAGAUGGCUGACCUCGGACUCAAACAUCGCGCUCGUUCAAUUGCAGUCAAGGCCGGCGUUCCUGUCAUUCCAGGUUGCGAGAUGUUGCUCGACUCCCUCGAAGAAGCAAUUCUGGAAAGUAACAAGAUUGGGUUCCCACUGAUGCUGAAGAGUACUGCUGGCGGCGGUGGUAUCGGUCUGAGCUACUGUAAAGACGUUGAAGGUUUAUCUGCAACGUUUGAAGUCGUCCAACGGCAAGCUGUUGCAAACUUCGGUGACGGGGGUAUAUUUCUUGAACGAUAUAUCGAGCGAGCGCGUCAUGUUGAAAUUCAAAUCCUUGGGGACGGUACUGGUCGCGUUGUUUCAGCAGGGGAACGAGAUUGUUCCUUACAACGCCGGCAUCAGAAGAUUGUCGAGGAGAGCCCUGCGGGCAUGAUCCCGAAAAGUGUCCGCACAGAGAUGAAGGAAGCUGCUCUUCGUCUUGCAUCUUCGGUCAGAUAUCGAAACGUCGGUACAGUCGAAUUCAUAUACGAUCUUCGUACGAAGGAGUAUUAUUUUCUGGAAGUCAACACUCGGCUACAAGUCGAACAUCCUGUGACCGAAUUGGUGACUGGUCUAGAUUUAGUGGAAUGCAUGCUCAACAUUGCCAAUGGGAAUGCAACUCAGCUGUUCGAAGCCAACCUUCCGACCACAGGGGCGUCUAUCGAGGUCCGUGUAUACGCUGAGAACCCUCUUCAGAGCUUUCGGCCUUGUUCCGGUUGCAUCACAGCCCUUGAAUUCCCCUCUAGCCUUCGGGUCGAUACGUGGGUCAAAGUCGGCACUGAGAUCACCACUUCCUUUGACCCAUUGAUAGCUAAGUUGGUCUCGUUUGGAGCAGACCGCGAAGAAGCUAUUGAAAACAUGGUCAGCAGCCUUGCAGCUACUCGUAUAGAGGGUGUCCAAACCAACCUUGACUAUCUGCAUCAAAUCGUGUCAUCUCCCAUGUUCAGAUCUGGCCAGUACACCACAAAAUCUCUGGAUGCUUUCCAAUUCAAAUCGUCUUCUUUCGAAGUCCUAGAGCCAGGAGCCUUGACCACAGUUCAAGACUACCCUGGCCGUACUGGAUAUUGGGACAUUGGCGUUCCUCCUAGUGGCCCAAUGGAUUCCCUCUCCUUUCGACUUGCGAAUCGGAUAGUAGGUAAUCCUCCUAACGCUGCUGGCCUCGAGUUUACUCUCAGUGGACCAGCUCUCAAGUUUCAUUGUAAUACUGUCGUUGCAAUCUCUGGCGGUGUUGCUCCUGUAACAGUCGAUGGCGUUCCAGUUUCCCAGAACCGAACCUUGAGUAUCAAUGCACAUCAGACUCUGUGUAUAGGAGCAAUCGAAAAGGGCCAUCGUGUCUAUCUUUCUAUCCGGGGAGGAGUCCAAGUUCCAGUCGUGAUGGGUAGCCGGUCUACUUUCGAACUCGGUAAGCUGGGAGGGUUUGGAGGUCGCAAACUACAGCAGCACGACAUUCUUCAAAUUGGAGAUCCCGGUAUCUGUGUUAGCAAAUCUUUUCAUUCCACGAUCUCAAUACCUGUCUCAACUUACUCAAAGGCUUCUUGGAUUGUAAGAGUGAUACCCGGUCCCCACGGUGCUCCCUCCUACUUCUCUUCAGAGAGUGUUAAGUCUCUGUACUUGUGUGAAUGGAAAGUCCACCACAACAGCAACCGUCUUGGUGUUCGUCUUACUGGUCCCCAACCUGAGUGGUCACGCAAGACAGGUGGCAAGGCUGGCUUGCACCCUUCAAACAUCCAUGAUGCCCCUUACUCCAUUGGUAGUGUCAGCUUCACUGGAGAUGAAGCUGUCGUCUUGGGUUGUGAUGGUCCCAGCCUCGGUGGCUUCGUGGUGUUCUGUGUCGUGUGCUCCGCAGACUUGUGGAAGAUUGGACAGGCUCGACCAGGCGAUACAAUUCGUUUCGUUCCUAUCGAAGUUGGAUCUGCUAUUGAGUUGGAGGAGCAACUUGACCAAGCCAUUGAGAGUCUUUCGCCUCUUCCGAUCAUCGAGGAGGAAUUCUCUGAUAAAGCUGCAUUGGAACAAAUACUAGAGGUCAUCCCCACGAUCGUCGGUGUCAUUGAACACGAUGGCGAAGUAAUAACCGCCCACCAAGCUGGAGAUCGUGCUAUACUUUUGGAAUUCGGGGACGGAUUAGUAUUCGAUCUUCGGCACAAUUUUUCAAUCUCUGCUUUCUGCGAGAAUCAUCAGAAGAAGCCUAUCGCCGGGGUUGUAGAACUCACCCCAGGAAUCUUUAGUCUCCACGUUACCUAUGAUCAAGGCCUUUCUCCGAAGCUGAUACUGACGCGCCUUCGGGAACAUAUCCGCUCGUAUACAGUCUCGUCCAAGAUCUCUUCGAGGCAGAUCCGCCUCCCUAUCGCAUUUGACGAUAGUGUCAACCGCGCAGCCGUCGCACGAUACACAGCGACUAUCCGAAGUGAUGCGCCUUGGCUUCCGAGCAACAUCAACUUCUUAGAGAAGCUGAAUGGUAUCCAAAACCUAACAAAGGUCUUGACUGAUGCAGAGUUCAUUGUCGUCGGCCUCGGGGACGUGUUCAUGGGUUCCCCUUGCGCAAUCCCACUGGACCAGCGUCACCGUUUGUUCGGAACAAAGUACAAUCCAUCGCGCUCUUUCACGCCUCGUGGCGCUGUAGGUGUUGGCGGACAAUACAUGUGUAUCUAUGCCGCAGAUUCACCCGGUGGUUACCAGCUUGUCGGACGCACAGUUGAGAUAUGGGAUUCCAACCUUUUAGAUGUCAAAGGCAGUAAUGCUUGGUUCUUCCGCCGCUUCGAUCGUAUUUCUUUUUAUCCUGUUAGCGAACAUGUUCUUGACCACACUCCGAGAUCUGAGCUUGUUCAAAUUACCGAUGGUGUUUUUGAUUUGGCAGAGUACGAGACAUGGCUUGAGGAGAACAAAGAGAGCAUUUCCGCCUCGGCGUCUCAGCAGGAACAGGCCAUUGCCAGCGCGCCCUUUUUAGAAGACUUGCUUUUGCCGUACCAAGUCGAUUCAUUUCCGAACGACCAGGAUCCCAGCCCACGUUGUUCGGAUAUAUCUGGCGCGCGAGUCAAGGCGACGAUGCCGGGGCGUUGUUACAAGGUGAUGGUAAAGGAAGGGCAGACUGUCGAGAAGGGAGAUACCGUUUUAUGUAUCGAGUCGAGUAAAAUGGAAGUGGAGGUUUGCAGCCCCGUCAGUGGGAAGUGUUUGGCAGUGAUGGUGCAAGCGGGCGUUCUGGUCCAUGCUGGAGAGGACUUGAUUAUCAUUGAUGGAUGA